CCGCUGGCUUGAUCUCCUUAUCUAGUUUCUAGAGAUCUCUUCAGCUUUCUCCGAAAGCAAACAGACUCUCAUCAGAAAAGCUUAGACUCAUCCGAUUUAGGGUUUCGCUUCAUAUCAAUCAAAUAAUCUAACGCGUCGAAACCCUAAUCACCGGAUAAGGUCUGAGCUUUAAGGUUGUUGGACUUCCUUGAACAGUUAAGUUUUCAUGUCUGAUUUCGACGCCCAAACUCCUUCAGCUUAUGAUCCUUUUGCUGAUGCAAAUGCCGAGGACUCUGGUGCUGGGACAAAAGAUUAUGUGCACAUUCGUAUACAGCAACGCAAUGGUAGGAAAAGCUUGACAACUGUGCAAGGUUUGAAAAAAGAAUUCAGCUAUAACAAGAUAUUAAAAGACCUCAAGAAAGAGUUCUGUUGUAAUGGUACAGUGGUGCAGGACCCUGAAUUAGGCCAGGUUAUUCAACUUCAAGGUGACCAGCGCAAGAAUGUAUCGACCUUCCUUGUUCAGGCUGGCAUUGUGAAGAAGGAAAGCAUUAAAAUUCAUGGUUUCUAAGCUACUGCUGCAAAUUAAAACUCAGCAUAGUGCUCUUCCUGCUUGUGUCAAGAAAUUAAGUAAUAUCGAAACUGUUACCUAUCUUCCCUAUGUUUGGUUUGAUAUGACGUGCAUCUUUUGUUUCUGAUGUUAUCUGGUUUCUGUAUUGUGAGAUGAUAAUGGAAUGUUUGACAGUUUGCUCUCC